GUAUAUUUUAAACAAUUGUUUGGUAAAUACAAAACGAAAAUGGAUGAACCUGUUCCUAAAGAUGUCGAAGAAAAAGUAGUAGCCGUACAGACCGAAAAACUAAGUCCUGAAACACACUUUUUUCAACCGGAAAAGUUGAUUGUUGAAGCACAUGAUAUGCCAGCUUUUCGUAAAUCAAUUGCCUAUGCUAAACUAGUUGGUUACAUCUCUGCUUUAGAUUCUGCUGCUAAAAACCAGAAGACUAUACCGAAAGAGUAUUCUGAACGUGUGGAACGGAUCAUGAAUUGUCUGAGUAAAAUAAAUGGCAUUAUCGAUGAAACCCCGCGUGUCCCUGGAAGCCAUCGGUUUGGAAAUCCGGCGUUUCGAACAUUUCACAGCAAGAUAAACGAUCAAAUUCGAACGAUUUUGCUUGACAUUGUCACUGAAAAGUGGUCAUCCGCUAUCGUUGAAUUGACAGAUUACUUGGAAGGCUCUUUUGGUAAUCCUCAAAGAAUGGAUUUUGGAACAGGCCACGAACUGAGCUUUGUUGGCUUUCUUAAAGCUUUGGAGAUGCUUUCCGUUCUGGAGGAAAGUGAUCGAACGGCCAUUGCCUUAACUGUCAUGAAUCGUUAUUUUGAGGUGUGUCGUAAACUCAUUAUGACAUACAGACUCGAACCUGCAGGAUCUCAUGGAGUCUGGGGUUUAGAUGACCAUUUUUUCCUGCCAUUCAUUUUAGGAUCAUCUCAAUUGGCAGAUUCGAGAAGGCCCAAACCUACUAACGUCUUAAAGCCCGAAGUUGUUGAUGAUUAUGCUUCUAUAAAUCUUUAUUUUGGUGCCGUUCAGUUUAUUAAUCGCGUGAAGAAAGGUCCGUUCUUUGAACAUUCACCAAUCCUUUACGACAUAACAGCUGUUCCGAGCUGGUCCAAAAUUAAUCAGGGUCUUCUUAAAAUGUAUGACAAUGAAGUUUUGGGAAAAUAUCCAGUCGUGCAGCAUUUCCACUUUGGAGCCCUGUUUUCCUUUCAACCCGUUACUACGGUAAAACUACCGCAGCCUAACCAUUGAUAAACUUUCAUUUUUUGGACAUCGUAUUCCAUAAUGUUUUGAUGAAAUAGCUUUCUACGUCUUUUAUGCUUACAGAAAUACCCUGCUGCUCAAAACUUGUUGUCCGUUUUCCUUUCAAACCGCAUGCCACUAUAGAAUCAAACCAUCGAAGGUCUGUAUUUACGUUUAUGGCAACUCCAUGACUUGUGAUGUAUCUUCGCAGGUGAAUGCCAAUAGCUGCAAUCUUAUCAUCGUCCGUGACCCAGACCCCUGUAUUCUCUGUUGUAUGCGUUCCGUGGAUUCCAAAAUGCUCACAUGUGUUUAUCACUGACUGUUCAAUCAUAGAGACAUACGUCCGCGGUUUGAUUUGUAAGUCUAUCAAGUCGACAAUGGGAUAAACCACAAGUUGGCCUGGCCCGUGGAACGUAGUCUGGCCUCCACGAAGUGCUUGUACGACAUCCGCCUUGCCAGCUUGUAGACGGUUUAUCAAUUCAGUAUUUCGUUGCCUGCGGCCCAACGUGUAAACCGGAUGAAAUUGCAUAGACAAGAAUGUCGCUUUUGGAUGCUCACCAAUUUUUCCAGCUUUAAAAUCGAGAAAUUGUGAAACAAUUUGAUUCUGAAACGAGUCAACAUCGUUAUAUGACACACAGGUUGUCUCGUCUUUUAUGAACGAGAUAUGAUUUAUAGAUUUUUUCGAAUGAAUAAAUCGAAGGAAAGAACGAUUAAAUCCUUGCAUCCACGGCUUGUAAACUGUCUUACAAAGUAGCAUGAUCUACCGUGUAUAACUGAGCUCGUGUUGUAUUGUUGAAGACACUUAGUUAUGAAUACGUAAGAUAAAAAGAGGAGUUAAAGAAGCGGUGUACGAAAACAAGAGCUAAACCAAAUUAAAUAAGUAUUUUCUUAACCAU